AUGAGUUCCUCAGAACCUACCACAGACGACUCAUCCCGCUUCAGCAUGAUCCACACCCACACUCACACUCCGCCAUAUUCUCUGCGUCUGCUGGAAAUCUCGCACGGCAAAUACGAGUAUCAGUUCAACAUACCCUCUUCAUCACACUUCUACGUUGCACGGGCUAGAGAUCGGUUUGUGGCGUCACUAUCAUCGAACAGCGACGGGGGCGGUCAACGUCAACGUCAAAGUCAAGGCCAAGAUGAUAAUGACAAUGACAAUGACAAUGGCACUCAAACUCAACCGGAACCUCAACCUCAACCUCAACCAUCGUCCCUCACCGAGCUGGUCUCCCGAUUCCUACUGUUUCUGGUCGAACAUGAAGAACUCUGGGUGGAGGCCCCGUCGACAGCGCACAAGGAAUGCAUAGCUCUCCUGCUGAGCAAGGUCGAGUCGGACUUUCUGCGCGGGCAGGAUGUGCAUAUCGUGGCGUCGCGGCUGCCGGGGAGCGCUGCACAGCGGCAAUCGGUGAUCAGGGCGUAUUUCGCGGCCACGGCGGUCGCGGGGGAUCUGAAGUCGCCUGGGGCGCAGCAGGAGUCUGCGCUCUUCAGUGACAACAACAGCAACAGCAGCGAAGAAAGGUCUCACUCUUCUCGGAAUGCCAGUGGUAGCGUCGCUGCCAGUGUCAAAGUAUAUGCCGUCUUUGGCGGCCAGGGGAACACGACCGACUACUUUUCCGAACUGCGCUCUCUGUACUCGACGUACACGGAGAUUGUCGAUCCUAUAGUAGCGGCGGCCAGUCAAACUCUGCACUCGUUACUGUCGACAGCCACUGUCACUAGACUGCGGCAGUUCGCGCAUGGAUUGGACGUGCUGCAGUGGCUGCGACGGCCCGAGACCACGCCCGUGCCGGAAUACCUGCUCUCGGCGCCCGUCAGCUUUCCACUGAUCGGCUUGAUCCAGCUGGCGAAUUAUGCUGUCGUGUGUCGUGUGCUGGGGAAGCAGCCAGGCGAGCUUGUCGAGCGGUUUGCAGGCAUGGCUGGCCACUCUCAAGGGGUGGUGGUCGCGGCGGCGAUUGCAACAGCCACCACAUGGGAGUCCUUCUACACUGUCCUGGGGAAUGCGUUGACACUGCUGUUCCAUAUCGGCUCGGCGGCACAAGAGGCCACUCCGCAAGUCGCGGUCCCUUCGAGUGUCUCCACCGAAUCGGUCAAUAACAGCGAGGGCUUCCCCACGCCGAUGCUCAAUGUCACUGGGUGUCGGGAGCCUCAGUUGCAGAAAUUCAUCGACGGCGUGAACGGCUAUCUAGAACCACAUCAGCGGGUGUCCAUCGCGCUGAUCAACGGGCCGGCCAACUUCGUCGUGUCAGGCCCCGUGCUCUCGCUCUGUGCCUUGACCGCGUAUCUCAGAAAGGUCAAGGCCGCGCCGGGCGUCGAUCAAGACAAGCUCCCCUUCUCGUCACGAAAACCCGAGUUCACGGUCAGGUUUCUGCCCAUCACUGCCCCUUUCCAUACAUCGUAUUUGCAUGAGGCCGUUUCAGUGGCCACCAAAGACCUUGAACAUAUUGCCAUCACUCCUUCAGAGCUCCGCACCGCGGUUUACCACAGUAAGACGGGAGAUGAUCUCCGUGAGAGCGGAGUGGAAGAUGUCGUGCCAUCAUUGAUCCGCAUGGUAGUCGUCGAGCGAGACGACUGGCCGCUAUCCACCAGAUUUCCCUCUGCCUCUCAUGUUCUGGAUUUUGGUCCGGGCGGUUUGUCGGGUGUCGGGGCCUUAAUUCACCGAAACAAGGAGGGCACUGGUGUGAGAGUGAUCCUGGCAGGUACUCUGGAAGGCACUUCAUCAGAGUUUGGUUAUCGAUCGGAAAUCUUCAGGACUGAUGUCGAGAGCCUCAGCUGGGGCCAAAAUUGGCAACAGGCAUAUGCACCCCGACUGGUGAGGUCCUGGAAAGGAGACUUGCAGAUCGACAAUGCAAUGACGAGACUGCUUGGCUUGCCGCCACUGAUGGUGGCCGGAAUGACGCCCACGACCGCCUCCUGGGAGUUCGUCAGCGCAGUCAUCUCAGCCGGGUAUCAUGUCGAAUUGGCCGGCGGCGGCUAUCACAAUGCCGAACAGUUGACGUUCGCCAUCAAGAACCUGCAACGAACCAUACCAAUGGGCAAGGGAAUCUGCAUCAAUGUCAUCUAUGCCAGCCCGAAGCAAGUGCAAUGGCAGGUCCCUCUGAUACGCAAGCUGAGGUCUGAAGGUGUCCCCAUCGACGGCCUAACCUUUGGGGCCGGCGUCCCUUCGGUGGAUGUAGCCAAGGAGUAUAUUGAGUCCCUCAAUCUGCGGUAUAUAUGCUUCAAGCCAGGGUCUACCAGCGCCAUCAACCAGGUCAUCACCAUCGCCCGAAGUAACCCUGCCUACCCAAUUCUGCUGCAAUGGACAGGCGGCCGAGGUGGAGGACACCAUUCCUAUGAAGACUUCCACGAUCCCAUCCUCAAGUUAUAUGGGCGAAUCAGGAGGUGUCCAAAUAUUGUGCUUCUGGCGGGCAGUGGCUUUGGCGGCGCCGACGACACUUACCCCUAUCUCUCGGGCAUCUGGUCCGUCAAGCUGGGCUAUCCGGCAAUGCCUUUCGAUGGAUGUCUGUUCGGCAGUCGUAUCAUGGUUGCCAAAGAGGCCAAGACCAGUCGAGGCGCGAAGGAGGCAAUUGUGGCUGCACCGGGCGUUGACGAUACAGUGUCUUGGGAACAGAGCUAUCACAAGCCGACAGGCGGUGUGAUCACAGUCAAGUCUGAGAUGGGCGAACCUAUCCACAAGUUGGCAACACGUGGAGUUUUGUUGUGGCGAGAAAUGGAUGACAAGAUCUUCAGCAUCAAAGACAAGCCCAAGCGACUGGAGGAGCUGCAGAAACUGAAACCCUACAUCAUCAGACGGUUGAACGACGACUUCCAGAAGCCAUGGUUUGGUCGUGACAGUCAGGGGAACGUCGUGGAUCUAGAAGACAUGACAUAUGUGGAGGUUCUGAAGCGUCUGGUCGAGCUGCUUUAUGUCCAGGUCGAGUCGAGGUGGAUUGACCCAAGCUACAUCAAGCUGACGGCCGACUUUGUACGGAGGAUGUUCUCUCGUCUCCAGGAUUCAAUUCCCGAGUUUGAGACACAUUUCGGAUUGAGGAAUCCCUCGAUCGCCCUUCCGAGAAUCAUCCAAUCUUGUCCGAAGGCCGAGAAGCAAGUCAUUACCUUCAGCGAUGCGCGGUAUUUCAUCCUCCUGUGCAAACGACAAGGACAAAAGCCGCCGACGUUUGUCCCGGACCUCGACGAUGAUUUUGAGUACUGGUUCAAGAAGGAUUCCCUGUGGCAAUCGGAGGAUCUCGGCGCAGUCAUGGGUCAAGAUGCACAACGGACCUGUAUUCUUCAGGGUCCUGUUGCUGUCAGAUACUCAACUACCCCUGAUGAGCCAGUUGGUGAGAUCCUGGGUAAGAUCAGCAAUGCUCACAUAUCCAAGAUACUUGAAGACAAGUACCAUGGCAGCAAAGAAGAGGUGCCCGAGAUUGGCUCACAUGUGCACCGAUCAACGAAGGUCAAACAGUUCCCUUAUUGUCUGGUGAGCCGAACUGCAGACAGAUCUCACUACCGUAUCGCGGGUAACAUCUCCAACGAGCAACUUCCUGACCUCAAUGACUGGCUUGAGCUCAUCGCAGGUCCACCCGGAACAUGGUUGCAUGCUUUACUUACAUCCAAGGAUGUGUUCCAAAGAGCAAAUGUCAUCACAAACCCCGUACAACGUGCUGUUUCUCCCACUCGGGGCAUGCAUGUCGAGGUGUCCGAUGCGAGUCGUCCUGAAGAUAUUGUGUUCGCGGUUGUGGAAUCCGAAUCCGAAACGACAACUUCAGCGGCACCAGCUUCAAAAUACUCGUUGGUCAUCCGGAAAGAAGGAGAAAUCCUGGUCACCUUCUACACAGAUGAGACGGCGGAGAAAGUCAAGCUACCACUGACGUUCAAGUUCAAUUACCGGCCUGAGUUCGUCCUCCAUCCAAUCCAUGAGGUGAUGGAAGCUCGAAACGAUCGACUUCGCAAGUUCUACUACCGAUUGUGGUUUGGAUCGGACCGACGUACACCGUCUCCGACGCUGUUGAAGAGACCAACACGCUCGUGGGACGUUGCACUCCAAGCUGUCAUUGGCAAAGGUCCGCAGAAAGAGAAGCAAAAGCAAAACCAGCCACUCUCAUUGCAGACGAAGAGACUCCCGCAGAUUCGUACCGAGCUCGACACCCCGGCGGGCUUGCAUGCCGAGUCAUUCAACAUCUCGAGCCCGUCCAGCGUCGUGUUCAAGGGACGUGACAUCCGGGUCACCGCACCAAGCAUCCAAGAUUUCACCGAAAGCAUUGAACAAUCCAGCAACGUCAUCUCGGCCCGGUCGGACAAGAACAUGGCGUCUCUGGAUUUUGCCAUUGUCGUCGGGUGGGAAGCCAUGAUGAAAGCCAUCUUCCCACAAGCCAUCAAUGGGGAAUUUUUGAAUUUGGUGCACCUGUCCAACAAGUUCGCCCUACUCAACAACAGCGCUCCACUGUCGGGCUCGGAUCGCAUCACGAGCACCGCAGAAAUCCUGGCGAUCAGGAAUGAGCCGGCCGGACGAGUUGUGGAAGUCGGUGCGAUCCUCGAGCGAGAUGGAGUACCAGUAUUGGAGCUUGUCUCGGAGUUUCUGUUCCGUGGGACCUACAACGACUUUGAUGUGUGCUUUGAGAAGAGGACCGAAACCAAAAUGUAUGUGGAGCUUGACACUCCAGCCAAAGUCGCGGUCCUGAAGAGUAAGGACUGGAUCACCUUCGUCGAUGAGGACCAGGACUUGUUGGGCAUGAAGCUGGUCUUUGAACUGGGAAGUUUGUACAAGUUCCAGUCUGCGACCACGUACCGUAGCGUCCGGACUUUUGGGAGAGUCAUUCACCAACCUCCGGUGACCAAAGACAUCCGUGUAGUCGCCACCGUCGAGUAUCAGGCUGGGAGAUCGUCCAGCAAUCCCGUGAUGGCCUACCUCCAGCGCAACGGGGCUCCAGACGAGGUCGUCCACAGCCAGGACAAUCAUCAGCCACUGGGAGAACAAGACUGGCUUCGCAUCACGGUACCUGCCAGCAAUCAGGCAUACGCGCGGGCAUCCGGCGACUUCAACCCGAUACAUCUAUCGAGGCCCUUUGCCAAAUAUGCCAAUCUUCCGGGGACCAUCACGCAUGGUAUGUAUACAAGCGCGGCUGUGCGUCAAUUGGUGGAGAAAGCCGCCGGUACCUCUGAACAGGUGCGAAUGCGAUCAUACAAAGCAUCUUUUGUGAGCAUGGUCCUUCCCGGAGAUACGCUCGAGGUGUCUGUCAGUCAUGUUGCCAUGAAGGACGGCCUCAGGGUCUUGUCAUUCCAAGCGGUCAACAUGCACUCGGGAGAUAAAGUGCUCGUUGGCGAGGCUGAGGUCGAUCAGCCGUUGACCGCCUACAUCUUCACAGGCCAAGGCAGCCAGAAGCCGGAUAUGGGAAUGGACUUGUAUGCAACGAGUGAAGUGGCGCGAGAAGAGUGGGAUACGGCCGACAAAUUCUUCUCGGAUACUUAUGGCUUCUUCCUGACCGACGUUGUCAAGCGAAACCCAAAAGAGUUGACGGUCCAUUUCGGAGGUCGUCGCGGACAAAGAAUUCGCCAGAACUAUAUGGACAUGACAGUCGAGACGAACGGCGUAGUGGAGAAAUUCUUCAAAUCCAUCGAUGAGACCACGACUUCCUACACCUUCCGGCAUGACAAGGGCUUACUCUUCUCGACCGAGUUCGCCCAGCCGGCAUUGACCAUCAUGGAGCGGGCGCAAUUCUUACACCUUCGCAGUAAGGGUCUUAUCUCGGACACGGCUCUCUUCGCAGGCCACUCACUGGGAGAGUACACCGCCCUAAGCACGAUUGCGGAGAUCAUGCCGGUCGACAAGCUGCUGACAAUCGUGUUUUAUCGAGGCCUCACUAUGCAAUCGGCCGUGGCACGAGACGAAUCGGGGCGGUCGCGGUUCUCUAUGGUCGCGGUGAAUCCGUCGCGCGUCAGCCGGGCGAUGAGCACUCCAUUGCUGCAAGGCAUUGUCGAGGCGAUCACCGCCGCCACGGGCGAACUGCUUGAGGUAGUGAACUACAACGUCGAAGGUCAGCAGUACGUCUGUGCCGGAAGUUUGAUCGCCCUGGACUGUCUGGCGAGCGUGAUCAACCACGUCGCCAAGAACCCCAAAGACCUCGCACCUGGCACCGCAGCUGGCGACGGGAAAAUGAGCCAAGUAGUGAAGGCGUGCGCGGCAGCAUCGAUGAAGAAGCCGUUCCCCAUCGAACUUCGGCGCGGAGUAGCUACCAUUCCGCUCGAGGGGAUCGACGUGCCGUUCCACUCGAGCUUCCUACUACCCAAGAUGCCUGCAUUCAGAAAGAUGUUGUUGCGCCAUAUCCCGGUGGAGGCCAUCGAUCCGCCGCGGUUGAUUGGCAAGUAUGUCAGCAACGUCGUAGGGAAGCCUUUUGGCAUUGGAUACGAGGCGGUGCAGGAGGUGUAUGAAAAGACCAACAGCGCGGUGUUGAGGAAUUUGUUGGAGGAGCUGGAGGGAUACGCUUGA